AUGGCCAUGGCCCCAGGCCCUUCCCUGGCUCAGGUGUACACCAGCCCCGUGGCAGUGGCCGUGUGGGAAUGGCAGGAUGGGCUGGGCACCUGGCACCCCUACAGUGCCACUGUCUGCAGCUACAUCGAGCAGCAGUUUGUCCAGCAGAAGGGCCAGCGCUUCGGGCUGGGGAGUCUGGCCCACAGCAUCCCCUUAGGCCAAGCUGACCCCUCGCUGGCCCCUUACAUCAUUGACCUCCCCAGCUGGACCCAGUUCCGCCAGGACACUGGUACCAUGCGGGCUGUGCGGAGGCAUCUGUUCCCCCAACAUUCAGCCCCGGGCCGGGGCAUCGUCUGGGAGUGGCUGAGUGACGAUGGCUCCUGGACAGCAUAUGAAGCCAGUGUCUGUGACUUCCUGGAGCAGCAGGUGGCCAGGGGCAACCAUCUUGUGGACUUGGCUCCCCUGGGGUACAACUAUACCGUCAACUACGCCACCCACACGCAGACCAAUAAGACUUCGAGCUUCUGCCGUAGUGUGCGGCGCCAAGCAGGACCCCCAUACCCGGUGACCACCAUCAUUGCCCCGCCGGGCCACAUGGGAGUCGCCUGCUCUUGCCAUCAGUGCCUCAGUGGUGGUGGAACUGGCCCCGUGUCGGGCCGCUACCGCCACUCCAUGACCAACCUCCCGGCUUACCCUGUCCCCCAGCCCCCCCACAGGACCGCCAUUGUCUUUGGGACCCACCAGGCCUUUGCCCCGUACAAUAAGCCCUCACUCUCUGGGGCUAGGUCUGCACCCAGGCUGAAUACCACCAACCCCUGGGGUGGGGCACCGCCCUCCUUGGGGAACCAGCCCCUCUACCGCUCCAGCCUCUCCCACCUGGGACCACAGCACCAGCCCCCAGGAUUGUCCACUGCCGGCGGAGCCAGUGCCUCCCUCCCCAUCGGUCCUGCCAGCAACCCUGGGAGCGUCCCUGCCGCUGUGCCUGUGCAGAUGCCGAAGCCCAGCCGGGUCCAGCAAGCCCUCGCAGGCAUGACGAGUAUUCUGAUGUCAGCCAUUGGACUCCCUGUGUGUCUUAGCCGCGCACCCCAGUCCGCCAGCCCUCCCGCCUCCUGUCUGGCCUCUAAAAGUCACAGCUCAGUUAAGAGAUUGAGGAAAAUGUCCAUGAAAGGAGGGACUCCAAAGCCAGAGCCAGAACAGGUGAUAAAAAACUAUACCGAAGAGCUGAAGAUAGCCCCAGAUGAGGACUGCAUCAUCUGUAUGGAGAAACUGUCCGUGGUGUCCGGGUACAGCGAUGUGACCGACAGCAAGACCAUUGGGCCAGUGGCCGUGGGCCGCCUCGUCAAGUGCAGCCAUGCCUUCCACCUGCUCUGCCUGCUGGCCAUGUACUGCAAUGGAAACAAGGACGGGAGUUUGCAGUGUCCUUCCUGCAAAACCAUCUACGGAGAGAAAACCGGGACCCAGCCCCAGGGAAAGAUGGAGGUGUUCAAGUUCCAGGUGUCCCUCCCUGGCCAUGAGGACUGUGGGACGAUACUUAUAGUUUACAACAUUCCUCACGGCAUCCAGGGCCCAGAGCACCCCAAUCCCGGGAAACCAUUCACCGCCAGGGGCUUUCCCCGUCAGUGCUACCUUCCGGACAAUGCCCAGGGCCGCAAGGUCCUGGAGCUGCUGAAAGUGGCCUGGAAGAGGCGACUGAUCUUCACGGUAGGGACAUCCAGCACCACGGGAGAGACCGACACAGUGGUGUGGAACGAGAUCCACCACAAGACAGAGAUGGACCGCAAUGUGACAGGCCAUGGCUACCCCGACCCCAACUACCUGCAGAAUGUGCUGGCCGAGCUGGCCGCCCAGGGGGUGACCGAGGACUGCCUGGAGCAGCAGUGAGCCCCGGGCCUGGCCGGCCCCAUCCCCGCCCUGCCGCGCCUGCCUCUGGCAGCCAGCUGCCCUCUCCCCCUGCUGCCGGCUGGGCUGCCCCGGGAUGGGCAGGCG